CGUGAGCGAGAAAAAUAUAUUCUUUAGUUUAGAUUUGUACUCGAUCUUUCGGCAGAGAUAUAUCGAUUGUUAUACUCUGAAUCAGCUCUGCUCUGCACUAUUGUGCAAACCAACCACCAACACCAACGCAAAUUUUUCACUGUUGUGUCUGCCUUUCAGAUUAGAUUAGAUUGGUCUUGAAGUGAAGUUAAAGUGUUAAACUAUAAAGACUAUUUGGACCAUUGGAUAAACCAAUAACUGCUGGAAACAUCAAUAAACAAGUAAAUAGCCCAUUAAUACCAUAAAUUAGUGUUGCCGUCUAUACAUGCUUGCCAGUCCUGUCCUGGUGCAGACUGAAGAACAGAGAAAGCAUAUGUUUAGAGCGAGUCAGAGCGCUACACUAGUGUUGGUGGCCGUCCGCAAAUAUUUGGCGCGAUUAUGAAUAGUUAUGUGAAAAUACAUAUGUGGAGCGAUGAAAAUACGCUAUUUUUAAUUAAACUUGUGAAGAACUGCCGAUACGUUUGGGACUCCACACAUGUCUACUAUAAACAAAAAACGAAAAGGCAGAACUUCUGGCUGGAAGCUGCCAAAAAGAUGAACAGAGAAACCGGCCUAAAAAUGGAAGUGGGUGAAGUCAAAAAGAAAUGGCAAAACAUCAGAGCGUACUACUACGCGGAGCGCAACAAAUUGAUGAAGGCUACGCGCAGUGGAACACAGGAUGGGGAAGUGCGUAGCGUUUGGAAGUACAUGGACGAGAUGAGUUUCAUGCAAUAUUGCAGGAUUCCACCGGGAUACAAUCCCGAUACGUCUGUCAGUCAGAUCAGUACGGCCUAUAAUGACGGUGAGGAGGAAAGCUACGACGAAGAGAAGUUCCCUAUUGAGGAGGCCGAUUGCUCGGUGCAAGAACAGUUGGAAUUCUGUGCCCCCUGGACACCUGACGCCUCAAAAAAGAGAAAAAGAUCCGAUUCCGAGUCGAAUGACAAAAUUCUGAAUAAACUGUCGGACUCGCACAAAAACCUCACCGACGUCCUCGCGAUGCCAACUACACCAAACCCCCAUGCCGAUUUCGGAGCAUUCGUGGGUGCCGAAUUAAAAAAAUUAGACGACGAUUUGGGAAAGCGCUUGGAAAUUAAAAUCUUGCAAUUAAUUACCGAUUACAAAAUUAAGCAGUUGGGACGCGAUGUUCCUCAUUACCCAAUAAAAAAUAACUAAAAUACUAUAUACAUAUGUACAGUUAA